AUGAGGUUACUGUUGGGUGUACAGCUCUUGAUCACAACGGUAUCGGCUCUCGUUAUUAGAGCUCCAGCUAUUGCUGAGGACCUCAAGAAGCUCGUCUCAGCUUCGUCUGUCUCGAUCGAGGUUCGCGCAAGAUGGAGCGACUACAACCUACCGCUUCCAUCCGUCGUGGUAAGCGCGGCCAAUGAAAACGAUGUAGCGGCAGUCGUCAAGUAUUGUGCAAAGGCAGGAAUCCCAUUCUUAGCACAGAACGGGGGUAACGGAUGGGCCACACAAUUCGAUCUCGGUACCGAUGGUGUUCUCAUCAACUUGGCUGGCCUCAAUAAAGUCACCAUCAGUGCCGAUAAGCAGUCGGCUACAAUUGGCGGAGGUGCCAUCAUCAAUGACACUAUCUCCGCGGCAAAUGCGGCUGGGGUACUGGUUCAAACUGGCAACUGCAAUUGCGUCGGUACGCUUGGAGCUCUUCUCGGUGGCGGGUAUGGCAACAUCAUGGGUGAACACGGCUUCGCCGUUGACAAUGUCAACUCCAUGCGAGUCGUGACUGCAACCGGCAAACUCCUCACAGUGUCUAGUACUUCCAAUGCUGACCUGUUCUGGGCACUCCGAGGCGCUGGACCAAACUUUGGUAUUGUAACUUCGGCAACGGUUAAGGCUUUCCCAGCCACCUCCCAGGACAGGUCCGCCUGGAUCAUGAGUCUCACCUUCGAUCCAUCCAAGAUCACCCAAGUCGCUCAAGCUAUCCAGGACCUGCCUCUCAAGCCAGAGCAAGUUGUCUACUUGGUCCUAACUAAUUCCGGCCCACCAUCCAAUGCUCCUAUGGUACUCGUCACUGGAUUUCUCCGCAAGGGAACCGAGGCAACCGGACGAGCUGCCUACGCCCCUCUAUACGCUCUAGGUCCACUUACUAACUCAAGCGCUGUCACGCCCUAUCUCAGCUGGAACGCCGCAAAUGAUGGGUUCUGCUCUCGUGGCGGACAGAAACCUGCUUUUAGCACCACCAUCAAUAAGAUGAAAGCGGAAACCUGGCCUCAGAUAUGGAGCCUGUACACUGAUUUCCAGAAGAAGUCGGGUGCUGAGAACUCCGCGGUAUUGAUUGAGCGGUACAAUCUAACGAAGGCUCAGUCUGUCCCCAUUGGUUCGUCGGCUAUGCAGGAAGCCCUCCGGCGCGAUGCUUUCGCGCAAGCGAUUGUGAUUCCCUGGUAUACGGAUCCUGCUCUGGAUGCCGAUGCUAUUACUUUUGGUUCGAAGGUUCGGGAUAUCUGGAGUUACUCGGCGAAUGCGACAGUCAACCCCACAUAUGCUAACUUUGCUCAUGGUGAUGAAACACUACAGGCAAUCUUCGGAUCAAGCCUGACCAAGUUGAAAACAUUAAAGCAGAAAUGGGAUCCAUCUGGGGUAUUUGAUCAAUGGUUUCCCAUCAAAUGA